AAUAAUUAAAGGGAAGACACUUGUAAACUUGAAGAGGAGCCACGCGUGCCUUGUGCCAGGUUGUGAUAUCAGGCACUCACUCAACUCAUAGCUUAUAACUGAUGCCCUGAGUUCCUGCAAGGAACCCUUCUCCUUUCUCCUUCCUUGUGUCAAUUCAAACUCAACGCUCUGUUCAUGGAAAUGAAAGCUUGGUUGUGAUCUUCGUCACCUGUUUUUGAGGUAACGAUCUUCUCGAGUCUCCACCCAAGCAGAAACCUCAAAGUAGUAGAAAGUAAUUGGCUUUCUCUCUCCUAUUAGAGGUUAGGGUUUUCAUCUCUCUCUCUCUCUGCAUCAGCAACUGCAACUGCAACUAGGGUUUCAAUCUUCAAGAUUCAUAUAUUAGCCAUGACAAGGAAAAGAAAAUCAACAGCUAAGGCCAUCGAAAUAGGAAACAAAGGAAAACAAAUUCAACAAAUUCAAGAAAUGGGUCCUUUUAUAUCAGAUCUUCCAAAGUCUGUCCUUCAAGAUGUUCUAACAAAGCUGCCGAUAAGGAGCAUUAUCAUGUGCAAACGUGUCUGCAAGGCUUGGUAUUCUCUGAUUUCAGACCAUGAAUUUGCUAAGCUGCACCUUGCACAAGCUGAGGCCUGUCCUUUGGUCCGACCCUCUGCCCCAACACGCGUGUCAAGGACCGUUUACUUGCUUGAGCUGGAAGAGAAGUCUGAUUUUGACUUGAAGGACUAUGUCGGUGAUGCUGGCACAUCGGAAUGUAUCCACUUUCACCUCCGAAUGAAUUUUGCCAAAUUCAAGAUCCCUUUGCGGAAUGCUGACCAAGCCAUCCAUGCAAUGCGUAAUAGGAAAGGUAGAACUAAAAGGAAACCUUGCAUUAAGUUGGAGCCAUUGGAUCACAAAUACAUGUAUGUGAAUUCGUGUAAUGGCUUGCUUUUCUUGGCUGAAACAUUCUACAACGACCCUCUUGUUGUGUGCAAUCCAAUAACGGGUGAAUUUAUACAACUUCCUGAAGCUUCCGAGGAUGAGAGUCGAGAGAGAUUAUCUAUACGUUGUGCAUUAGGUUACAGUCCGAAGACUAACCAAUAUAAGGUGUUGAGAGUCUUUAGUCAAGGAACACCCAAUCUAGUUCGGAUGAUUGAGUUGUACACACUUGGGCAGAGUUCAUGGAAAUCUCUUGGUACUGCUCCCACGUCAGCAGCAUAUAUGCUAUUGACAUUGCCUACUUAUCUGAAUGGAGAGCUUUAUUGGUUCUACUAUGAGAGUUCAUAUGAGAUAGCGUCUUUUGACUUUGACAAUGAGCAAUUUCACUCAGUUCCAACACCUCCUUUUGAACUGGAGGAAUGUCAGCAUGUGAGCUUGGGACUUUUGGGAGGUUCUCUUUGUGUAUGCUAUGCUCAUGAGAAUUGUAUCAAUGUGUGGGUAAUGGAAGAUUAUGGUACACAAAAAUCUUGGACCAAUAGAUUUUCUAUUAAGACUGAUGAUGGUGUGUGGUGGCCAAAAGGUUUAUAUGAACCAAUGAGAUACUUAAAAAAUGGGGGUUUGUUGAUGUUUAACCAUUCCACUGUCACUUUGAUUUACUAUCACCCAAGAAACUACAGAUCGUUAAUUUAUCUUAAGCUUCGUGGGUUUAGUCCAUAUUUUGAAGCAAUUAGUCAUGUUCCAAGCUUCAUUUCUCUCAAGGACAUUUUGAUGGGCAAUGAUGUAGAAGUACUGAACAUAAAUUCAAGGUGUGCAGAGUGCAAGCUUCCCGGCGAGACUAGAGGUCUUGAUUUGGUGAAUUUGGAUGCAGACGUGGCAUCAGAUGAUCGUUCUUUUAAGGAAUUUAGAAUGAAACAGGGAUUCUACCGGUGGCAAUAAUGCAGCCUUACAGUGGGCUAAAUAACUUCUCAUGGAGUGGCAACUUUCAACCUACAUCUGGAGGGUUUGAGUUUUUGAGUUUGAGUCAAAUACCCUGAACCUUGCUUCCCCUCUAACCUAAAGUUACCAGCUAAUGCAUUGUUGUAAGUUAAUAUUUAAUUUUUGAUGUAUUUUUAUUUUCUAUAAUAGUUUUGGAUCAGAAUAUUAGUGGUCAUGUCUAUGGAAGGGCACAAAAUAAGACUUGGCUUAUUAGGUGUUCUUAUCAUCCAUAGCUUCGUUGAUUUUGAAAUUUAAAGAGAUUAAUUAUCUAGGCCAUAUAUCCCUCAAACAGAAAUAAAUUACUCCAGGCAGACACAAUAUUCAUUACAGGAAUUGCUGGAAGAUUCUGUUUCCUUAUUGCUAUCCAGUGCCUCGUGUUUUGGGUAUCUAAAGUUAUGUCCUGAUAGACUUGUAUUUAAUUAUUUUCCCAGCAUAAACUGUAAAUACUAAACCCUAAAUUCAGAAUGUUUUACUCUUAAAAGCACAAAAUAGGUUGGAUAUAAAAACAAUGAGACAAACACCCAAAACAUAAACAUAGGAUCCUAUUUCUUUCUAUUUUAGGGAUCAAAUUAGGUGUUAUUGACUGUGGUAUGUUUAUUUGUUUAUUUAAUAAUUUUAAGCAAACAAUACCUCCUUUUCCAUUUAUGCAAAGAAGAGACUAAUAAAGGGUAAACAGGCAGGAGAUAUUCAAAUUAUAGCUUUGCCCGUAUUCGUAAUUGAAAUACAUUACCCCACUAAUAAUUAGUCAAACUCAAUUAGAGGAGCUAACUGGAUAUUUCUUGUAUAGUCUUCGUCUAGAUAUAAUCUUCUACAAGUUAUAAACAUUGACAUAGAGAAACUUAGAGAUGGUUGCAUUUGUCUUGAUGGCAUUCUCUCCUCAUCAAAGGCAACCGAGGGCAGGUCUCUUGGAGUUUUGACCCUUAUUAUCCAGAUCCUCAGAUUAUAUUGGUGUAAAAUCUGACGUACUGGUACAAGUAUGAUAUGGUACUUGGUGUAGUGGUAUCAGUUUAGCCCUUGGGGAAAAAAUAAAGAUUGGGGUAAUUAUUUAAAUGGAACCGAGAAGCCAUUUGUAUUUCUUUUAUGGAAGUGAUAGCGGCAAUGUGUAGAACUGAUAGAGGGAGGAUGCAGAAUUUUAGGAGAGAGUAUCUCCCAUUGAUAAUAGAAUAGUGAGGAUAGCAUGGGCAAGUCUUAUUUGGCGAUCCCCAUUGCAAAAAUCUUAUUUGUCUGCAGCUGGGUGCAUUUAUGGAGGAUGAUGAGAGGCCUGGGUUUGGAUGGGAGUGAGAAAUUACCAGUUAAGUUAGUGAAGCAGUGGAAAGGACUUGACGAGAAGUAGAGGAGAAGAGAGAGAACCAGUACAAUGCCGGUUUUGUUAUGUCAUUAUUCAAGUUUGUAAAUUGAGUGACACCUUGGCCAACUUUAAAAGAGAAUUUUUAAUGUACAAAUGUUAACAAAUUUUAAUCACAAAUAUCUGCUUGAAAACAAUGUUCCAAGUCUUAACUUACUUCAUAUUGAUAGUGGAUUUUCUCUUGCUGGCUUGGUCCCCCAGUUUUCCCCUUGAUGGGUUUUCUGGGUUAACAAAUCUUACAAAGUUGGCACAUCCAAAAAUAUUUACUUUGAGUUGAGCUGCUAAAUUGGUAUUCACAGUAGAUUUGAUCAGUAUUUCUUGAUAUUUUCAUAAUGCUUCUUAUCUUCAGUCCUUUGUGGAAACAAAGAAAUGACUGACUGUCACCGCAAGUUGAUAUUCUCUUUAUAGGAAUGUUAUAUUACAACUCAUUAGUUGUUACUUCAAUUAGUCAGGGUUAUUCUUUGCAUUGAAAAUGUUAUAACUGCAGCUUUGGAAAAAGUUUAUAGCUGUUAUUUGAUUUGGACUUAUAUUUUGGUGGUUCAAAUUAUUUAGGAUAAUUCCUGAUUUUAGUCAGGCAGGUGGUAUACAUUUUCUUUUUCAAUUAAGAUUUUCCUAUUGCAGCUAGAUUUAUUUAUUUAUUUUGAGAAUAAGGUAGAUUUCAUUCGAAUAGAAAGCGGAAACAUGGGGUGUGUUUUGCGUGGCCUUGUUAAAAUCUUGUCGGAGAAAAACACAUGGGAAAAACCCCGGGGUAGGAAAGAGUACCAUACAUGCCAAAGGAGUACAAAUCCAAAAACAAAUUACAAAGUAUCAACUAGCAGAACAUCCUGAAGGAAAUCCGGAUUCCUUAACAAGGUGCCCAUUAGCAGCCCUCCCCGCAUGCCUUAACCAAUAGUGUUUUACAGUCUUCAAUUAAGCAUCCUAGGUGGGACAAAUCAGCUGGGCCAUUUGGCAGCAAAGAAUAAGCCUUCUCUUACUGCCAGUAACUUGGCAUGCAUGGAAUUUGAAACACCAUUGAGCACUACCAACUUGCAAGCAAGAAAAGAGCCUGCAUGGUUUCAAGCCAUAAACCCAAUCCCACCAAGACGUGAUGCAGCGUGAACAACCCCAUCUGCAUUGAUUUUUACAAGCCCCAGUGGCAGCCGCUGCCAUUUAGCUUUGACCUGUGAAAUGUAGCACUUGGGAGCUUAAAGGAAUUUUCUGUAUGCAGUUCACCCAAAAGCAUCUUUGGGCUUUUGGGUUUUGAUUUGUCUCUGGUGAUGAUCGAUCUGUGAAGAGGAAGGUGGAUAUGGUGGGAUGCAGGAGAAGAGACGAAGGAAUGGCUCUUCAUGGUAGGAGAAUGGGGAUUUAAAUGUAGAGCGAAAUGGGGCCUGUUCGUACAAUGACCACUCUCAUUGUUUCCUCCAUUAACAUUGUUGUUGCUCUAUAUGUUCUUCGUUCUCAAUACGCUUCUCUGUACAUCUACUGCGAUAGAGAUUCACGUCCCAUUCAGCUCUUGAGUACACUCCUAAUCAGAUUGGGAAAAUGGAGGAAUCAGUUUGGAUUCGAAAAGCAGCUGAACCGUUUGAGCUCAUUAGAUUGGUAAAGGCACUAAAGAAGGAGCUUUGCAGAGAGGUAGUGGUUGAAUUGUCACAGCCUUUGAAACUGAAGAUAACCAAUGAAAUAGUUGAGAGGUUGAAAAUCUUGAGGCCCAAAGCAAAUGUUACUGAUCAGAGAGAUGGUGCAAGGAAAAACUAAAAGAAGCUAAGCAGUUGGCUAUUGAGACAGAGGCGUCAAAUUCCAGAGUUAGUCAUGAGGAAGCAGAAGAUCAAAUUUUGCCUGGCGGGCUGCCUCCACCUGAAUGCCAUGCGGAAGUUCAUACAGAUUAUGAUGAAUCUCUAAAUUAAGAUACAAGCCUUAGCUUUAGCUUUUCACCGGUUAGGGUUUGCUUGGAUCAAGGUAAACGUGCCAAGCCUAAUGAAAAGAGAUGUAAUAUAUGGGUAUACUGCCCGUUUGAAAGCGGUUGCCAUUCUCCAGAUAUUUAUGGGCAUAGACUUGGGCAGUGCUGGCUGAAAUACGUAAGAAUUAAACCUCUUUACUAUGAUUGACACAUUCAUUACUUUUUCCUUUAAUCUGAGUUUCGUCCAGAUGAGUCUCAAUUGUGUGGAACAAUUCUUUGUAAGAGAGAGUGGGGUGGAGCCCCAUGCCUGUUUGUUCACAAGUCAUUUUUUUGUAAUACGGAUUGUAAUCGUAUUGUUGCUGACCGUUCAAGGUGAAGAAGUCUUGGUCGGAGGCAAAGUGAGCUUUGUUGUUAGACGUUGAAACUUUCCCUGUGAAUUAUACUCUCUUUUUCUUUUC